GAAAACGCCAGUAUGGCCGGUGCCUCCCUUCUUCACCUGUCUUUCUCUCUCUCAAAGACAAUUUUUUUUCAUCAUUUCAAUCUCUUCUUCUUCUUCUUUCAUAGUUUCUCUCUCUACACCUCUGUCUCCAUAAAAAUAUAUUAAUUUAUCUCAAUUUCUUCUUGUGUUUGUUCUUGAUUUCGGUAUAUAUACUGUCUCUCUGUAUAUCUGCAAAAAAAAAAAAUUAAAAAUUAUUUACAAUCAUUUUCCAGCCAAAGGGAGAAAAGGGGAGGUCCAAAAUAUAAAAUCUUGUAACCCCAUUACUCCAAUUAUUCACUUCCUUUUUCUUCCUUUUUGCUUUGGUGUACCCCUUUUUCAUAUCUGGCCAGCUUUGCAUAAUCCCUCUUUCUCCUGUGUUUUGAAUACCCUUUUGGUUUUUCUUCUCUGUGGAGGGAGAGUUUUUCUGCAUAGAUCUCUCUGUAGAGGAGAAAUAGUUGGUUUGGUCAUUGAGAUAGCUGAGGUUAGGAGCUUCAGCAUUCCAGUUUCCUUUGUUGAAAGAAGUGGUAACAAGGAGGACUUUGCACAAUGUCUAGCUCUGCGAAAACUUUGGAUCCUGCAUUUCAGGGUGCAGGACAAAGAGUAGGGACUGAGAUUUGGAGAAUUGAGGAUUUCCAACCAGUUCCUUUGCCAAAAUCCGAUUAUGGUAAAUUUUACUCCGGAGAUUCAUACAUCAUCUUGCAGACAACUUCAGGAAAGGGCGGUGCUUAUUUGUAUGAUAUACACUUCUGGCUUGGAAAGGAUACUAGUCAGGAUGAAGCUGGAACUGCAGCUAUCAAAACAGUGGAGCUUGAUGUGGUCCUUGGAGGGCGAGCAGUACAGUAUCGAGAAGUCCAAGGACACGAAACUGACAAAUUUUUGUCAUACUUUAAACCAUGUAUUAUACCUCUGGAGGGUGGUGUUGCAUCUGGGUUCAAGAAACCAGAGGAGGAAGAAUUUGAAACAAGGCUGUAUAUUUGCAAGGGUAAACGAGUAGUCAGGAUGAAACAGGUUCCAUUCUCCCGGUCCUCUUUAAAUCAUGAUGAUGUGUUCGUUCUGGACACUAAAGACAAGAUAUAUCAGUUCAAUGGUGCAAACUCCAAUAUCCAAGAAAGGGCCAAAGCAUUAGAAGUCAUUCAGUUUUUGAAGGAAAAAUAUCAUGAGGGGACGUGUGAUGUUGCAAUUGUUGAUGAUGGAAAUUUGCAAGCUGAGUCAGAUUCUGGUUCAUUCUGGGUUUUGUUUGGUGGAUUUGCUCCAAUUAGCAAAAAGGUUAUUACCGAAGAUGAUAUUGUUCCUGAGAAGACACCUCCUAAACUUUGCAGCAUCACUGAUGGUCAAGUCAGUCCUGUAGAUGGUGAACUUUCAAAGUCUAGCUUGGAAAACAAUAAAUGCUAUCUUUUGGAUUGUGGUGCUGAGGUGUUUGUUUGGAUUGGCCGUGUAACUCAACUGGAGGAGAGGAAAGCUGCCAUUCAAACUGCAGAGGAAUAUCUUGUCUCUCAAAAUAGACCCAAGGCAACACGUGUAACCCGGGUUAUUCAAGGUUACGAAACCCAUUCAUUCAAGUCCAACUUUGACUCUUGGCCAUCUGGAUCUGCACCUGCCCCUGAAGAGGGGAGAGGAAAAGUAGCAGCUUUGCUGAAGCAACAAGGUGCUGGCAUCAAAGGUGCCAGCAAAAGUGCUCCUGUAAUUGAGGAAGUGCCUCCGUUGCUUGAAGAGGGUGGAAAAUUAGAGGUAUGGCGCAUAAAUGGUAGUGCAAAGACACCAGUCUCAAAAGAAGAUAUUGGUAAAUUCUACAGUGGAGAUUGCUAUGUGGUUCUCUACAACUAUCACUCUCAUGAAAGGAGAGACGACUACUAUCUAUGUUGGUGGAUUGGAAAGGAUAGUAUUGAGGAUGACCAAAUCAUGGCUGCUCGAUUGGCCAGUACAAUGUGCAAUUCACUCAAAGGAAGACCUGUGCUGGGUCGGGUGUUUCAAGGGAAAGAACCUCCACAGUUUGUUGCAAUCUUCCAGCCCAUGUUGGUCCUUAAGGGUGGUUUGAGCUCUGGCUACAAAAACUAUAUUGCUGACAAAGGCUUGAAUGAUGAAACCUAUACUGCUGAUUCAGUUGUACUUAUUAGGUUAUCUGGAACUUCUGUGCAUAAUAACAAAGCGGUUCAAGUGGAUGCUGUGCCAAGUUCACUGAACUCGAAUGAGUGUUUUCUUCUGCAAUCUGGCUCUUCAUUAUUCAGUUGGCAUGGUAACCAGAGUUCUUAUGAGCAGCAGCAAUUAGCAGCAAAGGUUGCAGAAUUCUUGAAGCCUGGAGUGACAGUGAAACACACUAAAGAAGGAACAGAGAGCUCAGCUUUCUGGUUUGCCAUUGGUGGAAAACAAAGCUAUAUCAGCAAGAAGGUGGCUCCGGAAGUCUCCCGGGAUCCCCACUUGUUUGCUUAUUCAUUUAAUAAAGGAAAAUUUGAGGUUGAAGAAAUCUACAACUUUGCUCAAGAUGAUUUAUUGACCGAGGAUGUCUUAGUACUCGACACACAUGCUGAAGUAUUUGUUUGGGUUGGUCAGUCAGCAGACUCCAAGGAAAAGCAAAGCGCUUUUGACAUCGGACAGAAAUACGUAGAGAUGGCUGCAUCUUUGGAAGGAUUAUCACCAAAUGUUCCACUCUAUAAAGUCACAGAAGGAAAUGAGCCUUGCUUCUUUACAACAUUUUUCUCAUGGGAUCCUGCAAAAGCCAGUGCCCAUGGAAACUCAUUCCAGAAGAAGGUUAUGCUAUUCUUUGGGGUUGGUCAUGCUUCAGAGAAUCAGCAAAGGUCAAAUGGAGCAGGUGGGCCAACCCAAAGAGCUUCAGCCUUAGCUGCUUUAAACUCUGCUUUCAGUUCCCCAUCUCCUCCAAAAUCUAGUUCUGCACCAAGGCCUGCUGGAGCAAGUCAGGCUUCACAAAGAGCAGCUGCAAUAGCUGCAUUAUCUAAUGUUCUUACAGCUGAGAAAAAGCAGUCGAGUGAGAGUGGUUCUCCUGAACAAUCAAACAGAAGCUCACCUGUCCGGUCAAGCAGAAGCUCUCCUGUUCGAUCAGUAGACUCUGGCCCUACUGAAAGUGAUCUUUCUACUGCUGAGGUCCAAGAUUCUGAAAAAGCUUCAGAACCAAAGGAGAUAGUUGAGCCCGCUGAGACUAAUGGGUCAGAACCAAAGCUGGAGCCAGAGCAGGACGAGGGUGGAAAUGAAAGUGGUACGGCUAUAUUUAGUUAUGAACAGCUGAAGGCUAAAUCUGACAACCCUGUCACCGGAAUUGAUUUUAAGCGGAGAGAGGCUUAUCUUUCGGAUGAGGAAUUUAUGUCUGUACUUGGUAUGAAAAAAGAAGCAUUCUACAAGUUGCCUAAAUGGAAACAGGAUAUGCACAAAAGGAAAGUCGAUCUCUUCUAAACCUGCAUCGGAGAAACCAAAUGGCCUCUCGCUAUCUCGUUCUUGCAAUUCUCGACAUUCGUCCCCUCAUGUUUCUUGCCAGAGCAACCUACUUUUAUAGGUACAUAUUGCCUGGAUUGUGUAUGUAGCAUUUUUCCAUUUGCUUCUCUCAAUGACCAUAGCUCUUGGUAGUUCUAUUUUUUUGAUUAUGUGAUGCCUGCUUGAAGUUUGUUUUUUUCGGUUGGAAGUCAGCAGUCAGGUUGAUUCUUUGAUUUGAUCAGUGUAUCUUUGAGUUUGUGUUCAUUGAAGUCCUGUAUUUUGUUAAUUAAAGGGUGUAUACAUUAUGUUGUAACCUAUACAAAAAGGAAUAUUACAAUUGGGGUUUGCCAUCAA